UCAGGCCGUUCAAGGUCGUUGCAACCAACGGCGGUAGGCUUUGAAAGUUUCUGGAAUUUUUCUAUACCGAGUUGUGUAUUUGUUUUCUGAAAUUUCGAAUGGCUCUUAGUACCUAUUGGCUAUUUGUACUUUUCGUUGUUUAAUUUCGGAAGUUUGGUAUAAUGUAGCUGGAUGUAUAAAGAAUUUGUUUUAUCUUAUUGGCCUCGGAAAUUUCAUAUAGAUGACUGGUAUUUUGUAAUUUCAACAUUGAAAACAUAAGAUAAAUCUUAUAUAAAUUAUACUCAAUGCUUCCACCUUUAACAAAGUUGUAUCAUAUUACAUCAGAAUGGUCAGAUUCUGAAUUAUGUUUAUUACUAAGUGCGUUAAAAAGAGAUCGUUCUUUUUCAACACGUGAAUUGGCUGAAUUCAUACAGACAAAAAACAAAACAGAGAUUAGAGAACUUAUAGCUUGCCUUAUGGACGUGGAUGAGAAGAAUUUACAGGAUCCACAAAUUACUGUACCGGAAGUUAAACCUGAAGGAUCAAUUGAUAUUUUAUUACAAGUAACUAGACACAGCUGUACUGAAUACUAUAAUUAUAGUAUGGCAUUAAAUGAAGUUCUCCAGAGAGCUUCUACGUGGGAAAGUGUAGAAUGUCGUAAAAUCAAUAAAAGAGAUCCAGACCCUAUAUAUUUACCUUAUGCACAGGUUUAUCGAUUUUGUUCUUCGUUGGUUUGUGGACAGCCAUUACCAAAUCUAUCUGAUUUGUCGUCUGGCGCAUUUCUAGAUCUUUUAACAUGUUUAGACAGAAUUUUAAACUUUAUUAAUACUAGCAAGAAGAGUGAAAAUUCUAAUAAGAAUUCUCAUUUAUUAAUUGCACAACUUCGAAAUGCGAAUAAAAUCGCUACUGAAAAAAUAGGUGUAUUUUUAGCAUUGGCCGCUGCUAUUCAAUUGAAUUCACGUUUAUGUUCACGACGUGGAUGUGGUAUUACAGAAAACUUUGAUGAACACUCUAUUGCUCCAUUGUUUUUGUUAUCUAAAGUAAAACAUCCUAAUACACUGAAGCAAACUCGUGAAAUGGUUGGAUAUCUAAUUAAUCGAUUUGCAAAAUUAUGGUCAUUGCCAAAAUUCCCAUGUUCACAAAAUGGUUCAUUUGCUUCUGAAGCAGAAUUAAAUAUCCACUCGACUGAUUUACCAGAUGCUUUAUUCAAACGUCUUAGUAUAUUUUCACUGAAUCCAUUUUCAUUCCCAAUGGAAGUGAUGUCUCCUUUUCAAAAAAUCUUAGAUGAUUUUAGACAUAUGUGUUCAAGCAGGUUCAGUUAUUUAAGUCGUUUCAAAUCAAUUUUAUACAUUUCUUUGCCUAUGGGACUUCAACAUUCUGUCAAACGAUCCACACCAUCACAACUUAUAAAAGUUGUUAACCAAUGGAAAAAGCGUCGAAUUGAAAAGUCAUCGACUAAGAGUCGACCAACAUUACGUCAUAAAGCGUUGGAGAGUUCUGUACCUUUGAAUAAUUUGAUAACAUUGAGUUUUGAUGAAAAUACAAAUCAAGUGGACAGCAAUGCAUGCAGUGAUGACAAAACUGAUUUGAAAGUCAAUCUAACAUCACGUCGCUUUGUAAACUGGUGUCCAGGAACACAUUUCAUUCGUGUUUCAGACCCAGCAGAAGAUGAAGCUGUCAAGAUGCUUAUGAAUAAGCAUAUUCAAGUGAAAACAAAAAGGCAUGAGAAAAUUGAUGUAAGAAAAAUUUGAAAACAUGUAUUUUCAUAAAUAUUGUAUAGUCGCGUUUGUUUGUUUUUUUUUAUCGAGAAAAAAUAUCUUAAGUACAGAAUAAAUCAAAGAUCAUUAAUCA